AGAGGGCGUGACAUGGCAAAUCAGUUGCUUGAAGUUCUUGCUCAUGACAAAUCAAUCACUCAUCUUCAAAAGGAAGAAGAAGGGUCAAAGUCAGUAUUACCAUUUGUUGAAGAUCUUGUGCGCAACGUUCUGUGUUCAUUCACAAACACCCUUCUGCUUUUGAACUCCAGCAACGAUGUUUCCAUCACUCUCAGAGAUGUCUCUUCUUCCACCACCACUUCCCCAAAGAAGUUGGAAUCUGUCGAUGAAACUUGCAAGAAUCGCAGUAUUCUCACCACUGAAAACCGAAGAAGAGGCUACAAGAGAAAAUCAAUUGCUCCAAGUUGGGAGAAGAACAGCUCCAUACUGAUUGAAGAUGGCUAUGUAUGGAGAAAAUAUGGACAGAAAAUGACAUUGAACGCCAAAUACCUCAGGAGCUACUACAGGUGCACUCACAAGAAUGAUCAGGGAUGCCAUGCAAUGAAACAGGUGCAGAGAAUUCAAGAUGUUCCUCCUUUGUACCGAACAACCUAUUACGGCCAUCAUACUUGUAAAAGCCGUAUGAUCAAUUCUGAGAUUGUUUUGGAACCUCUUUCUCCUUCUGCAUCUUCCACGUUACUUAGCUUUAAUAGCAGCUUUCAUUGCAAACAAGAAAACCCGUUUCCCUCAUCACUACUUGCUCCAACCAAACAUGAGCUGGUGGAAAUGAUUCAUGAUGAACAUAGUGCUCAGAAUCAAUUAUCCUCUCUUGAAGACCUCUUAUUACAUGAUUGUGAAGUUGAUUGCGAUUAUUCAAGGCGUGUGGCUAAUAUGCUAUCAUCCGCUGAAUCCGUUGAAUUUGAGAAUGUUUUUAUGAGCAGUUUGGAUUAUGUUGGCUAGGUAUUUGUUUGUUUCGGUCGACAAAAUCUUUUCUGGGUCGCUUAUAGAGUAAAUUUCAUGCUGAUU